UAAGGCUUCCUGAUAACUGCGCACAUAUUAGCUGAUCUCCAUCGAAGGCACUAUACAGACAUAUGAUUGUUUACGAGAUACAAAGCUGGGUCACCAGUUACAGAUCAGGUUAAGUGAUUGCGACGAACAGCGGACACCAUGACGAACAGAAACGCGCAGCUCUAAAAUAAAUACUAUAACGUUACUUGAAAUGGAUGAUCCAACAUAGGCUACACCCUGCAGCUAUACCGCGAAUAUGUUAAUAUCGUGAGGUGAGCAAGACACCAAUUCUCACAGAACAUGGAUAGAGGGUGGUUUAUCGGACAUGAGAGGAUUCCCCCUUUGAAGGAGACAUCCAGCUCUUCCAGCAGUCUCUCAAGGCCCUGCAUGACCAUCAACCUGACUGAAAUGCUUCAAGCUGACAAACCCAGUGCAGUAAAGAAGUCAGUUCCGAUCCGCCCCCCAAGCCCCAGAGUCUCUCUGCCAAGGGAGUCCAACCACAGUCUCUCCUGUGAACCCACGCCUAAACCCAUCAUCCGACAACGGUCACGCUCUCUGCCUUCCGCCACAGAGAAAAAGAAGCAAUGCAGAAAUGUUGGUGUGCGGUUUGUUGACUCUUUGGGGCUCGACCUGGAAGACAUCAAACUUUUUAAAUCUGCAGAGGAUCCAUUUGUACCACAUCAUGUUACCUUCAGACUGUUGAUGGGUGCAGAGUUGGCAGAUGGAAGGCAUCUGGAGAUUUCCUUGCCAUACUUAAAACCGGUUUUUGCUCAACAACCUGGAGACCAGCAAGGAUUCCUGCAUCGCCUCAAUGAGCAGAAAGUGUGUCUGGAGAGAGUAUUGUGUUUUGAACUGGGUGUCAUCGGAAUCACCCAGGUCCUUAAUUUGGACUUUGAGAAGGAUGUUAUAGCUCGCUAUUCAUUUACAGAGUGGAAGAACUGCACAGAAACUAAGGCCUCUUGGGUGUCCACCAUCACCAAGACCUGGGAAGGAGGAGGGGGCAAACUCAGUUGUGAUACAUUUCGUUUCCACCUGCCUGUUCCUCCCUUUUUGCAGCCAGGAGCAGUGUUGCAGUUUGCUAUUCAAUACAAAGUAUGUGGGGCUGAAUACUGGGACAACAAUAAUGGAGAGAAUUAUAAGUUAGUUUGCCAUAACUACAAGCUCACUGUGCCCAAAGAAUGUGAGGAUAGCAUGGUGCACUUCAUUUAGGAUACUGACUAAA